AGCGAUCAGCUGAGCAGCGGGUUCCCUCUCAGAGGAAGAUCAGACAGAGCUGCUGUUCAGUCAGACUCACUCAGUCUCUGUUUGCACAGUUCAGCGGAGUUUGGCUCCGCUGAACAUUACUGAAACGUUAUUCAACAUUUUGUGUACAGAAGCUGCUUUCGUGGACGAGAUGUUGGAGACGGUCGCUUCGCAAAAAUGAACACAGACUGCACCAAGCCUUCUGUUGCUCCAAAGCCAAGAUUUGUUUGUCACGCCAGCCUGAAGCUACCCUCCCCUCACAUGUCCGCAGCCAGGGGUCCCAAACCCUUUAUAGCCCCAAAACCUAAAGUCACACCAGAGCUUAAUGGUAACCAGGGAGGAUGCUUCAAUGGCGGCUUACUAAAUUCAGAUGGCGAGGUUGAUGAAGAGCAUGAGACAGAGAACGGUCUAAACAAAGUGGUUGCAGACGAGUUGCCAGCAGAGACACAAUUUAACGUCUACAUCCUCAAAUCACCACAAAAUAAUGUUAAGGGGUCGGAGGACGGAGGGGGGACAGAGGAGGAAAAGGAAGAGGAAGAAGACAUGAUUCAGAAGGUGGACGAGGACUGGAGGUUAACUGACAGUGCUUUAACAGAGGAGGUGGACUCCCUGGACACACUUUGGGUCAGUGAUGCUGGGCUCACAGCUGACUCUGAGGACGCAGUGGAGAUGGUUGACACAGACGUGACGGAGGACAUGGACGCCGAAGGUUGUGAUGCAGGCGAGGCGCUGGCCGACACAGAUGGCCUCUCAGUGGGAGACAUCUCUGUUAAUAGCAUUGAUGAGGAGGCAGGCUGCUAUUGUGCUGACAAUCAAGACAUGAGGGAGAGGCAGGGACCUCACCAGAUCAAGGAAGAUGAAACCGGUGACUGUACGGCAGAUGAUAUAACUGAGUCCCUCACAGAUGAACCUGGUCUCAUCAGCAAUGGACACAUGAAGGACACUGAUACACAACAAGUUUUUCUCAUCGACGGAGAGGAGAAAGAAGAGGAAACUGCUCCUGAUUGUGGCAUCACUAGUAACAUCCUGAAGUUUAAAUGUGGCCAUGAAGUGAAGGAAAAGGGCGGAAACAUACAGAGCGUUAGUUUUUAUGACUUUAAACCUGAAGACCAGAAACAGGUCUGUGACACAACUGAGAGACAUGUGGCUGUGGUGGAUGACCCGACUCAUGAGCCUUACUACGUCUCCUCGGAGGACAUCAUCAACAGUGAGAUGAUAUCUAGGAAUAACAAAGCUCAUGGACUACCACAGAGUCCACUUCCAUCUGUAAACAGCAGUGGAGUAUCAGUCGGGAAAUUUGAGAAAACAGCAGAAAAUGGACAAACAGAGUGUGUGUCCUCUGAGGAUUAUGUGGAGGUUAGUAACCCUCUUGAGUACAGCAGCUACAACAGGGAUGAAAAUAAGGUGAGAGCAUAUCUGAAAAUGACUGAAGAACUCAAAGCUCAGACAACGGAGGCCUUUUUUGAUCACGUGGACUGCCAGCCGAGGUUCAGGCUUGUAUCCAUCUCAGUGCCGACAGACACGGACACCUCGCUGACAUCUUCUCUCUCGGAAAGCCAGCUGCUUUCUCCAAGUGACUCGGAUGUCUUCGAAGAAGACCUGGAGGGUCACAUAGUGCCGUUUCUGGACGACACCACUGACACAGAACCGGACAUCAGUGAUGAGCAUGUCUAUGAGGAACCAGGGCAAAGCUCAGAGGGUGAAAAUGUUUUUCCUUCUCAUAAGAGGACACCAGAGAUGCUCUCCUGCUCACUGGCACAUCGCAUUAAUAAUAAUGUGGCGGAGUUCGUUCAGAGGCCCUACAUGAGUGGAUUUGGACAACCUGCACUGAGCAGCAGCCCCAUGAUAAGCUCAACGCGGCACAAGAGCUACAGCAAACCCCACUAUUUGUCCCUGUACCCACGCUCCAUCUCUAUGGAGGGACAGGACAUGCCUCUGGGUGUCUACAGCUACAGGGAUGGAUCCCCAAGACAGGGAGGCGCCAUUUGUUCAUCUGGAAGCUUCUCACGGUGCUCGCCUCUGUCAUCUAGUGGCCUGUCCACACCGACAUCUGUAGUGGAUAUCCCUCCUCCGUUUCAGCUGGCCUACAUCACCAAGAGACCCAUCACAAAGAGUUCCCCCUCGCUUUUCAUCGAAGGAGACUCGUCUGAGAAAAACAGGAAAAAGAAAUCCUCCAUUAAGCGUUUCCUGAUGCUUAAAUUUAGGCGGAAAUCAGAGAGCAAGCCGGUAGAUGUGAACCCGUCCUUGUUUAAGUCCUCAGCAGAGUCCAACCACCACACGCCCAGCAGACUGCUGGAUCUAGAGAGACGCAGCAUCGGCAGCUCUCCACAGCUCAACUCGCGCUCUGCUAGUAAACCCCAUGUUUCAUCAGAGCCAACCUCCUCCUUCUUGCUCUACAAGGAAAGCAAAAGAAAAGGGAACUCUGUGGCCUUUCUCAAUCGCAAUGUCGUCCGGGUUGAGUCCUUUGAGGAACGCUCCCGUGUGCCUUUCACACCUCUUCCCCUGACCAAGCCUCGCUCCAUCUCCUUCCCCAACGCAGAUACCUCAGACUAUGAGAAUGUUCCCGCCAUCAGCUCGGACUACGAGAACCUUCAGGUCCCACAGCGGAGGCCCGUCUACCAGGCGCCGUUCACAGACUUCUUUGACCGUCCCAGUCGGGUGCUGUCCUCUGCCAAUGACACUGAUGGUUACGUGGACAUGAGCAGCCUCCCUGGUUUCAAGAAUACAACACAGUCACCUGAACAGGAAACAGAAAGUGCCUAUACAGAAGCCUACAAUGUGUGCUCGGUGGCUGUUGCUCCAAAGACUGUCUCAGUGGGUGAUGUCGGGGGAGAGACGACGGCUGAAGAAGACCAAGGACGCACCUCUGAGGAGGAAGAGGGAGGUUCAGACAGCAUUUAUGACAGACAGCCUGACGGCCGAUCCAGAGCCUUUUACGUGGCUAAAGAGCUGGUGGAUACAGAGAGAUUACACGUGAAAGCCCUCAAGCUCCUCCAGGAAGACUUUCGGGAAGCAGUGGGGACAGCAGUUGGGGACGAGGGGGAUCCUGUCUUGGACGAAGAGAGGCUUCGAGAAAUUCUCAACGAGCUGCCUGAUGUUUACACCCUGCACCGCCGAAUCCUCAGCGAGCUGGAGAAUCGGAUCCGACACUGGGAGGAGAGCCAGAGGAUCGCAGACAUCUACUUGUCCAGAAAAGCAGAGUUCUUGGUUUUCACCACCUAUAUUGGCCACUACGAUCGAAGUAUGAGCCUGCUGGAGGAGAGCUGCCGAGCUUCACCUGCCUUUGCAGCCAUUGUUCACCAGUUUGAGCAGCAGAGUCCAGCUGGGGACAAAGUGUCUCUGAAACAUCAACUGUUGCAGGUCAUUGUGCGUGUGGCUCAGUACCGCAUGCUCCUCACUGAUUACCUGAACAACCUCUCCCCCGAUUCCAAGGAAUAUAAAGACACACAAGCUGCUGUAGCUGUAGUGUCUGACAUUGCAGAUCAAGUGAAUGACAGCUUGAAACAUGGGGAGAACUUGUUGCGUCUGGUCAACAUAGAGUACAGUGUUCGUGGCCUGCGGGAUCUGCUGCAACCGGGCAGGGUCUUUGUGAAGGAGGGCACCCUGAUGAAGGUCAGCAGGAAGAGUCACCAGCCCCGCCAUCUAUUUCUGAUGAAUGAUGUGCUGCUGUACACCUACCCUCAGCAGGACGGGAAAUACAGACUAAAGAAUACUCUGCCACUCACUGGCUUGAAGGUCAGUAAACCCAUCGUGGAUAAUGUCCAAAAUGCACUGAGGAUUGAAGGAACAGACAUCUCCAUCACUUUGUCUGCAAGUUCCUUCAUUGAAAGAGAGGACUGGUUUUACACUCUGAGCCGCACUGUGACUGAACAUGUCAGGGGAUCUAUAGCAUUCAACAGCUGCUCAGGAGAGGCCAGAGAUCGUCUGCGUCUGACUCUAGGAGAGAAAGCCCCCACGCUUGUUCCAGUCUCGCAAGUGAUGAUGUGCAUGAACUGCACCUCAGAUUUCAGCCUCACUCUCCGUAGACACCAUUGCCAUGGCUGCGGAAGAAUUGUUUGUCGGAGCUGCUCCAGGAACCGAUAUCCACUGAAAUACAUGAAAGACCGGAUGGCCAAAGUGUGUGAUCACUGUUACAAUGAUCUGAAGAAGAGAGGGGGAGACGUGUCUGCUUUGUCAGGUAAGAGUAGCCCUCGUCCAAACCGCUCCAGUCGUCCUCUCUCUGCUGUGUUCCAAAACAUUCAUCCUCCCAACAUCUGGAGACAUCGGAAAGGCACCGCUUCCUUCACCCAGGUGACGGUGUCAGAGGAAGGCUCCAUUAGUGGCACUCUGCAGCGCAGCAAGACGAGCAAGAGGAACUGGAAGAGACUGUGGUUCCUCCUAAGAGACAAGGUGCUUUACACCUACCGAGUCCAAGAGGAGAAAGUAGCAUCUGAGAGUUUACCUCUGCUGGGUUUCACAGUGAAGCUACCUGACAUGCAGGGGAGAGAGGAGGAGGCCAACAUCUUCCAGCUUUACCACAAAAACACUUUGUAUUACUCCUUUAGAGCUGAGGACAACUACACAGCCCAGAGGUGGGUAAAUGCCAUGGAGGAAGCCACAGUUUUAUAGGAUAAGUUACUCUGGGUGGAUCGCCGAAAAUGGAAAUCUACUGCCUUUCUUCUGCUACAGACUGUGAAACCAAAAGGGAAAAAUGGGGAAUAAGAAAACAAUAUAUUUGAUUAUGUCUGCAAGUUGUCUGGCUGGACUGAAUAAGAGAAGACAUCUUGUUCUUUGAGAAGGGACACGAUUACCUACUUUGUUAACCUCCAGUGUCCCCUGCCUGCUGUUACAGCAGGUGUGAUGCUGAGAGUCACGAGAGGCAUUGGCCCAGAUACCUGCUGGUGUGGAACAUUGCAUUGAUGUGACCUGUAUUUCCCCCAGCAGCUGAUCAGCGACAUUCCUCCAAAUCACGGAGAACAUUAUGGAUUUUUGGAAAAGAAAGAAAAUCUAUGAUUUCAACUAUUUCUUUCAACAUUUUAAAUAAUUAAAAAAUGACAAAGAAAUAACUGGACAAAUACUUUAACCACAGUUAUUUUACUGUCAUUCCAAGGGAGGCUAAAAAGAAAUUAUAGUUAAUGCCUUGAAAAAAACGUGUUUUUACACUGGAUUAAAUGCAUCUUAAUGUGACUAAUACUUUGAAGCACAGGCUGUAUAAAGAAUUAGUCAUUUUAUAUGUAUAGAAGUGUCUGUAGCGUCGACAUGCACUGUAUUGUUGGAGAUGGCUCUGACAGUGAAUAAACAGUUUCUAUGCUUUUUUUUUUGCACUGAUAUAAAAAGGAAUGAACCUGAAAAAGAAAUAUGAGUGUACCUUCAUCAUAGAGGCCAAGAUCCUCAGCUACUGUACUUUUAAAACAAUGUUGUUUAUGGUUUGAAGUACCUAAAACAAGUGCAAUGUAUAUUGUAUUUGUAUAAAGACUCCACAUCCAGUUGUGUGCAGAUUGUGUUGCCCUGCACUGAACCAUGACUCACUGGGUUCUCUGAUCUGCAUUUAUUAACUUUGAAUUUCUAACACUAUUAUUUUCAAAUCAAGUAAAAGGCUUUAACGAUGGAAACAGUCUGUCUGUGUUUUCUCUUUAUCCUCCUCAUGUCCUUUAGAGGGCAGGUGACUAAACAUUAAAACACAACAGGCUGUCAUUGACUUCCUAUCACUGUGUCCUUGCUGAUGGCGCUCAGAAUGUACAUUCAAAAUGGACCACUUCUUAUAUGAGUCUGCACCGAUAUGUCAUCCAUAUGUGGCCUGAUCUGAUGAAGUGUUUCAGAUCGCAUUU